AACGCUCUGGUCACACUAGUAUGACAAGAUUUGUUUACAAGCAACAAACUACGAAAUACGAUGAACCCGCUAGACAAAAUACACGCUCUAGAUGAGAUCGAAAAAGAGAUCAUCCUGUGCAUGCAGAGUGCAGGACAAGCACUGCAGGAGUUGGGCAAGGAAAAGUCUUCGCAGAAAAAUGCCGAAACUCAAUCGCAGCAGUUUUUAAAGAGCCUGUCCAGCGUGGAAUCGAAGCUAUCUGAGCAAAUCAACUAUUUGACGCAGGUGUCUACGGGUCAGCCGCACGAGGGAUCCGGCUAUGCGUCCGCCAAGGUGCUUCAAAUGGCAUGGCACCGCAUACAGCACGCAAGAUCCCGAGUUCGCGAGUUGGAGGAGACCAAGGCCAAACACUCACACGCCGCUCGUCAGCAAUUAAAGCGCCAGCAGGAACACGCUGCCGCUCAGCAACAGCAACAACAACAGCAGCAGCAACAACAGCUGCAGCAAGCGGCACAGCAGCAGCAACAGUCGGGAGGAGGGACCGCCGGUGGGGGAGAUCAUUCCAUGGGCGGCGACUCCUCCAUGUCCACCAACUAAUAUGGGGAUAUUUUUAGGGAUAGCGAUUUCAAAUUUUUUUAAAAUAAAUAACAUUGCAAAAAGUC